AUGUUUCCAGCCCGUGUGUGCUUUCCACGUUGGCGAUACUUCAAUGCAACGGUCCUAGUCUUUCUUUUCAUCUUCGUGACGAUAUGGAUGACCCGCAUACCUCCAGGCACACUGCCAUGGUCACGGUCACGGCGACCAACGUCCAAUCCAUCGCAGAGCACCAACCGCGAGCACAUACCCCUCACCGUGAUCCUAGCAGCCAUCAAAAAAGAUAACUUGGCACACCUCGAACAAUAUUCUGGCCUCAGUCUCGGGGACACCCAAAUCGUCUACGUCGCCGACGAUCAAAAUGCCACCCACCCUGUUCCAAUGAACAAAGGCAACGAAGCCAUGGUCUACCUCACCUAUUUAAUCGACCACUACAACUUCCUUCCAGACCUCAUGGUCUUCAUGCACGCCGGCCGAACCUCUUGGCACAAUAACAUCCUACUGCAUCUAAAAUCUUCCUCGCUUAUCCAGCGCUUGCGCAGGCAGUACGCGCGCGAUAGGGGCUUCGCUAAUCUUCGGUGUGAUGCUAGCGACCCGUGUACCAAACUGUGGUAUGCAGUUAACGGCCGGUAUCCGGCGUCGGUUUUCACGAGGAAACGCAUAGACCACACGCACCAGCUUGAGGUUGAAUAUGCCGAGUUUGAUCAGUUGUGGGAGGCGAUCUUCCCAGGCCAGCAAGUGCCGUCGGCGAUCGGGACACAUCCUGGCGCGCAAUUUGCGCUUACCCGUGACACGGCACGUCGGGUAUCACUGGCGGAGCUGAAACGUCUGCGACAGUGGAUCGUUGAUGCGGAUCUGACUUCGAAGAGCGCAGGGGCAGUGUUCGAGCUUUUCUGGCAUAUGAUUUUCCUGGGAACUCAGGCAUCCGUGGCUUGCCCUGCACCUGUGGAGUGUUAUUGCGCCUUGUAUGGGAUCUGUAUUCAGGCUGUGGACGCAGAUGUGGAUCACCUGCUAGACAAUGUCACUCGGGAGGGAUAUCGUGCGUACGAGAUGGGCCGUGAUCUGGAUCGUAUUCGACAUCUUGUAGACCAGGGGCCGAGUGAUGAGCGUGAUGGUGAGUUGGAGAGCAUCUCAGAUGGUCGUAUUGGACCUGGAUUAGCAGGGCUAUCGGAUUAUACUGCGGAGCUAGACAUGUCCAUUGCGGAAACAACCAAACUUUUGGAUAGAAUAGUCAAGGAGGCAGAUGCCACUAGAGAUGUUUGA